GGCUCCUUCCCUCCCUUCGCCGCAGCCGGUGAUGCCGGCCCUGGGGCAGCGUUGCCCCCGCCGUUCCUCUCCCUCCCUGCGGCGGGCGAGCGCGGCGGCGGGGGGCUGAGGGCCCAGCCCGCGGCCCCGGGGCCGCGCCGCCAUGGUGCCCUGGGGAGCGGUGCUGUGGCGGCGGCUGCUGAGGAAGCGCUGGGUCCUCGGCGUCGUCUUUGGGCUCUCCCUCGUCUACUUCCUCACCAGCACCUUCAAGCAGGAAGAGAGGACAGUGAGAGACCGGAAUCUUCUCCAAGUGCAAGAGCACGAGCAGCCGAUCAUGUGGAAGGUGAAGUUCAGUUCGGGAAACAGCAGUCAGCUGAGUAACCAGUGCAGGAAUUCUGUGCAGGGGAAGCUCCUCAUUACAGAUGAACUGGGCUACAUCUGUGAGAGGAAGGACCUACUGGUAAAUGGCUGUUGUAAUGUCAACGUGGCCAGCACAAAGCUGUACAGCUGUGACAGCUGCCUUCCCAAUGGCUGCUGCAGUGUGUACGAGUACUGUGUCUCCUGUUGCCUGCAGCCCAGCAAGCAACAUCUUCUGGAACGUUUCUUGAACCGGGCAGCUAUUGCUUUCCAAAACCUCUUCAUGGCAGUGGAAGAUCACUUUGAGUUGUGUCUGGCAAAAUGUAGGACUUCAUCACAGAGUGUGCAGCAUGAAAACACCUAUAGAGAUCCAAUUGCAAAAUACUGCUACGGCGAAUAUCCCCCAGAGCUUCUGCCUGUUUGAAAGCUGCAUGAUCUAAGCAACAAAGGGAAGGAACUGGAGACUAGAAUCCAAAAGAGCAAGACAACAGCUGUUGCUUUACAAGAGCCUCAGUGUAAACGGUUUAUGUUGUUUCUGGGGACAAACCCAGAGGUGUACAGUGUAAGCGAGGGACUUAAGUUCUCUGGGAUUGAAUCUUGCUUUCUUCAGUUUAUUAUGCACCUGCUUUAGAGUACUAGUACAUUCUUUGAAUGCUUCCUCCAAACUUUAGGAUGUAUGGAGUCAAUCCAGGCUAUAAAACAUCAUAAGAAAAAUAUCUAAUGUAGCUUUGCAGCUGUACUUGGAGGUUCAGCUGUGUGUCUGCAGUCCAGACGCUUUCCAGAGUGACAGUAAUAAUUUUUGCAUUUAGAGAGUAAAGCGUGCCUGUUGUGCUUAUCUCUGGAGCACUUCUUGAGAUGCAUGGUGUACGCUACAUAUGUAAUUAUGAAUUAUUUAUUCAUUUUAUAUGGAUUACUAGCUGAAAGUAUUGAUGCUUUGCAUAGCUAGUUGUUGAUGUCUUUCAGUCCCUAGGUUUUUUUGUGUCAGGUAGAAAGGAUAUUUUAGGUCCUGACUAAAAUUGGUUGGUUUUCUUCCUCCUUAGUCUAAAGGAAUUGUGUUGAGAUUUGUCACUAUAGUGCUUAUGUUCCUCUUAGUGAGUUUAAAGCAUUCAGAACUCCAAUGGAGUUGUUAUUUCGUCAAAGUCCCAUAGCAUUAGAGAAAAGCAGGGAUCUGCCUGGGAUGGGAUGUUUAUUGUCUGUAAACUCUUUCCUUGUUACUCUGCAACAGUUUCCUCGAAGAGGAGUCUUAGUUCUGUAAACAGCUCUCUGCUAGUCCAUUUUCUGACAGGGAGCACUGAAGAUUUGUUUGCUUGAACUUCUUCAGGCCUUGGUAAUUCAAAUGUACUUCACUCCUGGUUGUGCAGGAGGCAAAUGGGUGGAGUUGUUCUAGGAUUUCAGUUUAAUGAUGUCCUUGUGCAUAAAGUAAUUAGAAUGUCAGAACAUGGCACAAGCCCUCCUCUGAGGACAACUGUGUUGCAUGAGUUCGCUUGAACAGUCAUGAUGUUUUUGAUUUGCUGUUUGAUAAUACUUGCUACUCUGGAAUUUUGGUCUGAUCAGAAUGGCACUGGAGCAGGGUUGGUUCUACAAUUUUUCCUAGCUCUCUGAAGCUGCAAUUUAAAUUGUUUCCCUCUUAAGGCCACACAACACAGAAAAGAUGGGUAGAGAACCUGUUAAAUGCUGACUAAAUUUGUGCUCCCCCUGCAUAUCACUGGGCAAAGUCCAAGUGCUAGACAAUUGGGCUGUUCUUUUCUAUAUGCAGAGCCUGUUUCUCUUGUCUUUACCCUAUCCCAUCUCCCCUGUGAUUUUGACUGUGUGUAUGCUUGUUUAAACUGAUACUUCCUAUUCUCUGACUAAAAUAAAACAGUCUACCAAGGCUUUAAAAAAAAAAAAGCAGCAGCACAUUGCUGGAGUAUCCUGGUGCAAAAGGUCUGUAGAAUGCUAUUGCAAUUACAUAUGAUAUAAAGAAGUAGUGUUACCAGCCAUCUGAUAAAAUCCACUUGCGUUGUUUUCAUUGUUCUUUCCCAGAAGUCAUCAAGUGAGAUAAUGGUUCCGUCAGCAGAUUCUCUUGAAAAUCUUGUUUUUCCAAAAGCUUAAAAGCUUUAGCAUUAGCAGUUUAUCCAGCUGAAAAUCUGUCACCCCUUUGCUGCCAUCCUAUGGCAACUUGCUGCAGCACACAUGAUACAGUGUGAAGAUGCAGUGUGAAAUCCUGUCUUCAGAGGGUAGCAGAGGUUACUUCUCUUUUUGGUGUUAAACAGGUUCUUCACCCCUGUUCCGUCACUUCAUAACUGUUUUCUUCAGGGAAAGCCAUCAGGUCGAUCUAUUAUAUCAUUCCUGCUGAGAUGUAUUCCAGCACUUCAUGUUUUUGCAGCAUGACUGGUGAGAUCAAGAUACCGGUGGCUCGCUUUUGCUUACUUUUCCAACGUGGUAUUAAUUCCUGUAGCAGGUGAUACCACUGCUUGGAGCAGUAACUCUUAAGAAAGCUAAAGAACCAACCUAAUUUGGACAACAUUAGCAGGAAUUCCUGGCCUCUUUCUCUCCUAGAAAAACAGGAUGUGAUCAGAAGUGCAUUGUGACCAUUGUCCAUUCAAUGGGAUAGAAACUGCAUCCUUCCUCCCUGGUUGUUGAGCUGGUCAACUAGUGUCUAUGCUAUAUGUCAAAUCAUUAAAAAUAUAUCUGUGUUCCAAAACACCGCCUGUUCUCAUGUCUUUCCUUGAACUACAAGGCAACUGUACCAAAAUAAGUUUGAAGAAUGCAGUGCAGCAGAGAGGGACGUUAACUUGAAUAUGUGUAAUAAAGGCAAGCAAGUAGAGGCAAACGGGAAAUCUGUUUCAUUUCAGCUGAGGGAAAGACUAUGCUUUUCUCAAUGGUGUGCAGAAAGAUCUGGGCCCUUAGCAAAAGUGAAAUGAGCAGGGAAUAGAAAUGCAAAUGAUUGCUUCAUGUGGUGGAGAUACAGUAAGAAAUGUUAAGUCUAUGCUUCCUGGUAAUACUUCUGUGUAGUUUAAGUGACGUCUGUCCCUCUCGCAAAAAAAUCCUGGUGAUUCUGUGGUUGUUGGUGGCUGCCUGAUACCUCCUUUCUAUUUGUCAGCUAAGAGACUGGAGUUGUUGACUUGUGUUUGGCAGCAGAUUUAAUGAGAGCACUUGAUGGAGCUCUGCUUAUCUGCACUGAGGUCAAUGAUAGGGAUAAUUGAAUAGGUCUGUGCUCCUUGAUUCCUGUAGUUUACAAGAAUAUUAAUGCUAGUGAAAAAUGGUAGCAGUUGACAAUGAGGAACAGGUAUAGUAUUUAGUUGUACUGAUUUGGAAACAGUAAUCUAUGGUGGAAGGGCAAAACAUUAGCUGCUGUCUUCAUUGAAUUUAAACUUGAGCCACUGGCCUUGAAAGAACCUGACGUACUGCUCCAUUGGGAUGGUACAUGGAGAGCUGGAUAAAAAUUCUUAUUGUGAUGGGCUGGAGUUUGGAAAGGCAAAAGCACAUUUUGGGAUUGAGGCCAACACUAAACAGUUGAUGAGUUGGGGUCAUGCUUUCCGCAUUCUCAGAAUCUCGUUGUAGUGGCAAUUCUUCACUCUCCCCUGUGUGUGUUCAGGCUCUAAUCACUUGCAGAGCUUUCUAACAAACUAUAUUAGGACUCAAUUUCUGAAUAAAAAGCACUAAGCACAGCAAAUCCUAAACAUGAGUCUUUGUUCUGGUAAUGCCUUUAAAAAGCAAAUGCUUUUUUUACUUCCCUUGUCAUUUAGCUGGACAGGCUUGAGCUUUAGGAUUUGUUCUGUCUUGUGCUAGUCACUUAAACUGCAAACACACCAGAUCCUUUUACCUAGCACCAUAAUGUGAUAUUUGUUCUUCAGUUAUUAUAGUCAAGGAGAGGUGGGGGAGGAGGUGAAAAGGAAUUUUCUAACUCAGCAAGUUCCACAAAAGAUGGAGUUCAGCAAAUUAUUGGUGCUUUAAUAACAGCCCUCUGCAUUUCUUUACAACCCGAGGCAAACAACUAACUAAACUAUAUGCAGAGGGAGGAAAAAUGCCAACUUCAAAACCUGCAGGGAAUGAUGGGAAAGUACUUAGUCCUUCAUUUUUUGAUCCAUGUCUAAUUAAACAGGCAGGUCUAUCUAAUAUUUUUGGUGAAAUAAGGUCUGACUUGUAGCAACAUGCAUAUUGUCUACAUGUUUUUCAUUUUUGCGGCAGUCAUAGGGCCACAAAUUUUUAUUAGAAAUCAUGAUUCCUAGUAGACUAAAAGUAUAGGUCUUAAGCAAGAAUUCUCAGGAUGCCUUAACAUUGAAGCAUGUUUGUUGCUGUGGUCUGCUGUUUCGCCUAUGGUGAAAUAACAGGAAGUUGCAGAGUAGAGAAAAUUAAGAAAUUAAUUCUGGCUAACAGCUUGCCUCAUAGAAGCUUUUCUAGUAUGCAUUUCCAUUAAGGGAAUAGAAGAACACAAGCUAUAGUUGCAAAUGGAUUGGGAGGCAAAUCGUAUUUUUUCCAUAGAAUACAAUUAAUCUGUUUCUGCUGUUAAUAGUUGAAAUGAGGGCUAGCACAUAAUUUCUUACCAAUUUAAAGGAAGCUUCUAAUAAAAUCCAGUUCUCAUUUAUCAUGUAUGUUUUCUGUCUCUGCAUGCAACUACAGAGUAAGGCACAAUACUAGGAAUCAAGGUGAAUGGGAAACAUAUGUCAAUUGUCUGCAUUCUGUUCCUGUCUUGCACAAAAAUUGUUCAGAUUUUAAACUCUCAGAGCAAAAAAAGUUCUAUAGUUGUAAUUCCUAUGACUUCUCACCUUGCCUCACCUGGACCCUUUAAUGGACCUGUUGGUAUGAAUAAUACCUGUUUUACACAGAUAUGAAAUAUUGCCAUUUGAAGAAACGGGAUAAGGUUGGGUAUGUCACAGGUGUAACGUUUAUUUUAACAACAAAAAAAGUAGCAGCUUAAGCUAUUGAUGUUAUGGUAUGCAUAAAAAUGCAUCUAUCAGCUGUGUAAGAUGACACUGGGUAUGCUGUAGCCAAUCUACAAACUGAAAAAUGUAGAUUAGUUGCAAACUACAGUUACAGACCUGCUUAGUAAUAAAAGUUCUGCAGUCUGAGGAAAUAAACGUGUUCACACGUGG